AUGCUAAAACUCGGUUGCUCGCUCUCCUCCGGCAACCCAGUAAAACGUUGGCGACUUCCGCGCAGCCAGGGUAAUCGGCGCAAGCUGUCUCUCUGCAUCGCGAUGAUGGGCAUGCCCCGAGUGCUGUUCCUGGAUGAGCCUUACGUCAGCGUGGGAUCGACAGCGCGCAAGCGAAUCGUCAACUAUAUCAAAGCACUACAGAGAGUUUCCAAGAUGUCCAUCGUACUGGCGUCGCACAGUCUGUCGGACGUGCAAUUUCCGUGCAACCGAAUCGCCAUUAUGGGCGAUGGACGGCUACAGUGCCUGGGCUCGUUGGCACGACUCAAGGAGAAGUUCGGCAAGGGCUACACGAUCACUGUUAAGACAUACCCGGAUCGAAAGGAGGAUUACAUCUACCAGGAGGGAAUCGCCUUUGCCGUCACGGAUAGCUUCCCGACCGCUGAGCUUGUGCGCACAUACGAGGGGCUGCUCGAGUUCCGCAUGUGCCACGUGCGGCUCCACUGAAGCGAGAUGUUCUCGCGCAUGGCGUUCAUCAAAAAGAAGUUCAAGCUGCAGGACUUCUUCAUCACGGACACUUCGCUGGAGCAGAUUUUCCUGAGUGUGACUCGGAAGGAAGCUAGCGACGCAGCGGCGGCCGCUGCGGCGGAGGCGCAGUCGCAGCCCACUGUUGUGCCCACUGUUGCGAAUACACUUGGCAUCUAG